AUGGAUCCACUGCUGCCAGUGUUAGAGAUACUGGACACUAGCGUGCCAGUAGAGAGGCAACAAUGCAUGCUACGGGCCUCAAAAGAGGCCAAGGCCGCGCAGGGCAAAAGCCUGAGUGUUAACAAGCUGCUGCGGGAGCCAAAGAUGGCCUACAGAGAAGCAAAAAAGCGCUGUCACAUUGACAACCCUACGGAGGCCCAGUACCUGGGACAACUGGUUCUGACAUUCGGCUGGUACUUUGGGAGGAGCUUCAAGUGGCUGGUCGAGAAUGAUGUCGGCUACAUCAAAUAUGUUCUUGACCGCCACUUGGAGGAGACCCAGGACCCAAAGAGAAAAACUCCCAUCAAUGACGGGUGGCUGAAGGACAGCCUGAUGAGCUAUGUGACGCUGUUCCCCCCCGUCUCUUGUCACCUUGAGGUCAACGUGGAUCGGGCCAUUUACGGCCAGGGGCAGUUCAAGUCCUUCACCUUCCUUGAAAUGUGGAGCUGGUACAGCCUGCAUACACGCCACCAGGCUGACCCACAAGCUGGGAGUGAACAAGAAAGAAAGAAGGCGCGGGAUGCUCAUGCCGCUGUGAAGCAGUGGCUGCUUAAAAAGGAGGGUGACAUCACCACCAAGUCCCUCAAGCGCUUCCGGGCGUACAUUUUGGAGAAAGAGAAGUCUCAGUCGGGCGCCGCUCGUCCUGCUGCCACUCCGUCUGCUGCUGCUGCAGCCACUCCAUCUGCUCCUCCUACAGCCACUCCGUCGGCUGCUGCCGCUGCUCCAUCUUGCGCGUCGUGGUGUGAUGACGAUGACAUCAUGCUAGAUGCCCUCGUCACCUUUGAGAGUAGUCAAGGGAAGCCAGCUGAUGAGCUGUCCACCAGCCAGCCACAGCCACAGCCUGCUCCUCCUGCCGCUGCUCCUCCUCCUGCCGCUGCUCCUCCUGCGUCUCCUGGGCCUCCACUCCUCGCUGAAUCUGGGCAGCGGGCCAAGAAGUCUGCCAAGAAGAGUCAGAAACGGCAGCCUGCUCCUCCUGCUGCCGCUGCUCCUCCUGCUGCCGCUGCUCCUCCUGUGUCUCCUGAGCCUCCACUCCUCACUGAGAAGCGGGCCAAGAAGAGUCAGAAACGGCAGCCUGCUCCUCCUGCUGCCGCUGCUCCUCCUGUGUCUCCUGAGCCUCCACUCCUCACUGUGAAGCGGGCCAAGAAGAGUCAGAAACAGCAGCAGCCUGCUCCUCCUGCUGCCGCUGCUCCUCCUACUCCUGAGCGUCCACUCCUCGCUGCAUCCGAGAAGCGGGCCAAGAAGUCCGCCAAGAGUCAGACACAGAAGACCACACCGGCCUCCAAGUCCGCAAAGAGUCAGACACAGCCGCCGCCGUCGCCCAGUCAGCCUGCGCCCAAACCGUCCUCCAGGUCCGCAAAGCGUCAGACGCAGCAGCCAGCGCCAUCCACCGAGCAGCCUGCGCCCAAACGGCCCUCCAGGACCUCCAAGCGUCAGACGCAGCAGCCAGCGCCAUCCUCGCCCAGUCAGCCUGAAGCGCAGCAGCCCGAGACGUCCACCAGCCAGGUCGCUCCUGGCGCUCGCCCUGAGCCGCAGCCGUCACCGUCGCCCUCCAACAGCCAGUCUCAGCCUGCCUCUGCCGCCACGUUGUCGCAGAGCGACUCUCCUGUGGAGAUGGAAGGCUGGGUGAGGCUAUGGGAGGACCCUAGCGGCAUCCCAGCGGCAGACGUCACCUGGUUGAAGGAGGACAGCGAGCGAGGGCUUUUCACCUCGGUGCAGACCUUCAAGGACGUCAGGGGGCAAAUCAAGAGGCGGCGGGUCCUGAAGUCGGACCGCAUGUGGUUUUACCCACCCGAGCCACCUGGCUACCUCGGCGGCGGCGUUCCCUCUCCUCAGCCCUUUUUCCGGAGCCGCUUGUUCUUCUGGCGCCCUGUUGGCGUGUGGCGGUGCUCCAUCAGCUGCCCGCGUGGUGACGCGUGCGCGGGGGCCGGACGCAACACCCAUCUCUCCAAAUCGGGUUACCACAUUCGGGUGCGGCACAUCUGCGAUGUGUCGGGGUGGUACUCCAUGUGCUGCGAAGUGCUCUGCUGCGGGCCGUGCCUCAAGGCAGCCAGGGGGGGAGACGGUGGCCCCAUGGGCCGUUGGCUGGCCUGGGACGACGCCAUCCUGCGCCAGCUGAGCGAGGCUCACCAGGCCAUGUUUCCGGCUGUCCUCACGGCCAAGCGCGGGGUCGACAAGAGCGUUCUCAACCUGUUGCGCGACCGCACAGAGGGCAACACCAUGGCCAAGGUGUGGCAGCAGGUGCGGGAGAACCACAUGGAGGAGCACAACCGCAGGCGGGACCUCUACACCACGCUCCUCAUGGCUUUGGUGCGACCGGGCAGCAUCGUGUCCGCGCUCGGCCACGGAGAGUUUCGGGCGCCUCCUCCUCCCAGGGAGCUUCCCUGCGAGCGGCUCCUGCGGCACGCCUUUCUCCUGGCGGAGGCCAACAACGUCCAGGAUUACCGGAGCCAAAUUCUGUCCACGUUUGGCACGGUCCUGAAAAUGGACUCACAAAGAAGGCAAGUGGUGAAGAAGCUCUCUGGGGAGGGCAAGGGCUCGGCCGAGUGGUUCACCAGCAUCGGCAACAAACUCUCCCAGAUCGUGUCCUUUGUUCUCACCUGCGAGGAGUCCAUGGAGAAGUUGGAGCCCAUGUGCCGUGGAGUUAUGGAGAGAUUCCGCCUCGCCAACCAGCCCGUCCCCCAGAUCCUUUACAUCGACCGGGGAUGCUGCAGGGCGCAGGGUCCGACAGCUGUGGAGACCCUCUUCCAGCCUUGGGUGGACAACGGGAUGGUGGUGAGGCUGGAUAUCUUCCACUGGCUCCAUCGCUUCGACGCCGCUCUGCGGACAGAGGCUCACUCCAAGUACCCCGCCUUGAAGUCUGUGCUGGCCGGGGCGGGCCAGAGACUCGUCCGUCAUGGAGGCCGUGUCCGACUCUACAUCUCGCGGGAGCAGCUAAAGCACCACGUCCGACGGGUCACCCUCGGCGCCCAUGAGACGUUUCGCCUCAUUCACCUCAUCAUCGAGGAGCUGAAAGGUCCGGCUGGGCUCGAUGAGAGUGGCGUCAGCCUCUUCAAGUCCACUGCUGCCAUCAAUGAGAUGUGGGCCAGCCAGCAGCGACACCUGGAAUGCAUCCAGGACCCACCAGGCAUGAGCAUGUACCGUGUUGCCCGCACCACCACCAUCAACGGUGUGGAUGUCCCGUAUUACAAGUGCCUGCGUGGGAGCAACAGCUUGGAGGGGUUCCACCGCUCGCUCCCCCACAUGAUUCCAGGUCCCCACUGUGCGGCGCGGCCCUACCAGGUGUACUUGGUCAGCGGCAUCGCGCGUUGGAACGCCGACAGGAGCUCGGCGGCUGUGUUUGGAGGUCGGCAGAGGUCCAGCGUCUACUCUGUGCCGCUCGUGGACCGCCUCAACGCUCGCUGCCAGCUGAUCUUCGGGCCUGGCCCGGCCCCCGAGGAGGAGGUGUAUCGGCCUGGUGAGGACGAUCCCGGCGCCGAGGCAGACGAAGCCUACCAAAGCGACGAGGACCUGGAAGACAUAGAUGCUGCCCACAUCACGCUGACCAACAACGAGACGGCCACUGUCCAUCCGCCAGCCUUUGAGGACGCCUGCAGUGCCAAUCCCCUCCCUGGGUUCCAGGAGCUGGAGGCCUUCUGCGCUACGCUAGUGCAGCUUGGGGGUGCUGACCAGAAGCUCCAGCUCACCACCGACCAGCGCAACGCCAUCCUCGACGCCUGGAAUGCGGUGGAGGAGCAUGACAAGCAGCCACAGAAGUACCACCAGCUGUACCGCACGCACUGGGGCAACACCUUGUACUGCCGUACAAAGAGGGAUGACCUCGGCGAAGCCGCCCUGAUCCAGCGGGUGAAGAUGGCCAGGAGGUACGCGCCGGCCCAGCAGGACAUCAGCGCGCAGCACAACCGUCUCAUGUACGUGUUGGUCAAGCUGCUUUGGUUGAGUGCCCCCCAGUCCUCUCGAACCGGCCCGGAAAAGGCCAGCAUCCUCAAGGCCUAUGAACUCAUACAGCACAGGGUGUUGGUGGACGACCCGGUGCUGUCCAAGGCGGGCAUCCCUCUCCCCAAGAUCAACGUCAAAACGGUCAGGGACUUUAUCCUACAGCAAGAGAGGCUGGUCAACUUUCACGCCAUGAGGCAACCUUCGGUGAUCUCAAAGACCACCUCCGUAUCGUCCACAGAGCUUCCUCCAGCGCCACGGCAACCCGACGUCCUCCCUCCGCCCGACUACCCGGUGAUGGAGUACGUACCAACGGCCAGCACGGCCGGCACCAAGAAGCUGAGGGGACGGGCUGACAUGGCGGCGCCGUCGCAGCUUCCUCCUCCUCAGCCGCUCCUUCCUCCUCCUCAGCCACUGCCUCUUGUGCGGCCGCUGCAGAGACCCCCCGCCACCUUCAGCAUCACCGAGCCUGUGCCCACCCCCGCGCAGUCUGUGGCGGGCCCCUCCUCCACACAGACCGCGCCAACUGCUGCGCCCUUGGCUCGGCUUGUGUGCCCAUCCUGCCUGCCCCUGCUCUCGCUGGGCCUUCCUCCAGCCAGACCCACGCUGCUCCAGCUUCCUGGUCCAGACAUGUCACCCUCCAAGGGCCUGGACAACAGGGUUUACAGAAACUUUGCCCACUUUGUCGCCGUCAUAGAUGGCUUGGAGGACUGA